AUGACGGAAAAUAUGUUAACGCUAUGGACUUUGAUGGAAAAAGAAAAGAACAUUCUUGGUAAACAUACCACAAGGGUUUCCAUACAGUCUGAUUCAUCUCAAUCAUCAACAGAGAAGCCUCCUCCAUGGAAGAAGCUUUUAUGGGUGAAACAAGAUUAUCCUGAUGAUUAUGUAGACAGUACUUUUCUCCACGAGUUGCGGAAGAACGUGAAUGUCAGAGCGUAUGAUUAUUGGGAAGUGGUAAUGGAAUCGGGCGUAAUUUCGCAGCACAUAAGCAGUAUAAUAAUCUUUGUGGCAGUCUUCAUAUACUUGUAUUUCGACAUGCUCUCGGCCGAAAAGCUCAUUGCUACUGGAACCAUUCUUACCGCCAUUGGAUACAUAAUCUGGGCUUUGAGUAUACGAAAGACAGAUCCAUCCUACGAAUAUAAACAAAAAAAGACCGCAAAAGGAGCAGUACUCUUUUUUGCAACGCUUCUCGGAUUAUCACCAAUAUUAAAGACACUCACAAAGGAUACAAGCAGUGAUACUAUAUGGGCACUGACUGUGAUACUGUUUCUCACGAAUAUGCUUUUUCAUGACUAUGGUUCGGGAAAUCGAACAAAUAUCAGAUUUCCUGGAUCGGUCUCUGUUAAUGCGGCAAUAUUUGCCUCUGUGCUUUUGGCAUCUAGACUUCCUUCUAAUUUACACGUGUUUGGAUUGAUGUCAUUUGCAGUAGAGUGGUUUGCUUUGUUUCCGAUAUUUAGAAGAUACACGAGGACGCUGUCAGCAAAUUUUAAUGUCAUACUCACGUGUAUCUUGUUCAUGGUCGCAACUGCUCUCUUUUUGAGUAUAUCAAAGACAAUGGUAAUACUAUACAUCUCGGGCAUUGCGUUCAUAACGUUCGUGUGUCCGUUCUGGCUAAUUUGGGUACAAAAGUACAAAAAUGAAAUACACGGUCCUUGGGAUGAAGCAACGCCAAAAUUGUUAAAGACAAUAGCUGAUCAAUGA